GAAACACCUCGCCUGCAUACGUACGACGCACCACCCCCCCUGCCCCCGCGACCCCCGCACCACCGCGCCCCGAUCUCCGGCGUCGACACCGCCGCCUCCGGCGAGCCCUCUCCCGCGCUCCUGAGGCCUCCCCCGGAGCCCUUCAGGCCGCCGCGGCCUUCCCCGUGGGCUCCCCUGCCCCAAACCCUAACCCUAGCUCCCGGCGCGGGGCCGUGCAGGUGCGUCCCCUGCUCCAUCGGGCGCUCCGUCCGGCCUCCCUCUCGCCCCCACGGCACCGUAGGGUCGCAAUUGAGGUACGCAGAGUGCCGCGCGGUGGUGUGGGUGGGAGGUCUGAGUGGUCAGUGCGGGGAGACUGCGCCGGCGGCUGCUGAAUUGUGCUGCAUUUGGGCUGAGCGGCCCGGGGAUGGAAGCAGAGUGUCUGUUUUCUGGACUUGAGAAUUUGAGAGGUCGUGCAGUUUGAUGGCACACGCUGCUUAGUAGGUGUGCAUACAAUGAUGCAUGGGCAAAGCCUGUUUCUGUGGUCCAGUGGCUAUUGAGCUGUGCUCUAUGGGAGGAAUUGCUGAAUGUGGUGUGAGCGUUGACACUAAAGCUUCACCACGUCGUGCGGCCAUAGAGAAAGCUCAGGAGGAGCUGAGGCAGGAAUACGAUAUCCGUGAAGAGCGAAGGAGGGAGCUUGAAUUUCUGGAGAAGGGAGGCAAUCCCUUGGAUUUCAAACUCGGCCAUGUAGCAUCACUUAGUGUACAGUCCACUUCUGUGACAGACCAGAUAGCUGAUCAAAAUGUGAUAAGCGAGGCUAAAGGUAGUUUUGCAUUUGCCACCUCACCUCAUGGGGAUUCUGUCGAAAGCAGUGGCAAGCCAGGAAAUUCAUUGUGCCGUGAAGGCAAUACAGCUGAUAAUCUUAUGCUUUUGGAUGGAGAUACCAGCAACACAGGUGGGGAGAAAAUUGUGAAACGUGGAACUAAAAGGGCUACUGCAACUCAAGCCGAGCAGUUCCUGCACUGCGAUGGCCAGAAUAAUGCAAAAGAAGGAGAAGAUUCUGGUUUGUUCCGACUUGGGCCAAAGAGCCAAGCAUACGCUCGACGUAGAUCAAAGUCAAUCAGAGACAAUGCAAAUAAUGCAUUUGUUAGGCAUCCACCAGUUCCUCCAACAAGUUCUCAGAAAAAAGAUGUCACAGGGUUAACCCCAGAAGCAAAGACUGAGGAUAAUGGCGUUUCAUCCAUUGGUGAUUCAAAGCCGACUAGUCCUAACUGUCAAAAUAUGCUGAAGAAUGCACCAUUAAAUGAUAAUGUGGAAAUGGAGACGGACAGUGUCCAACCAAUUCAUGAAGGCAACCAAACAUCCAAGAAUGAGUUAUCAAACAUCAACAAUGGCAGUCAAGCUAUGGAAAUUUCACCAAACAGUGUGACUGAUAAUUCACAUCUUACUGUAGGUGAUCAGAUGGCUACUGCAACUGCUUCUGCAGUAUCCCCUGAUGCUAUUUCAAAAGAAGCUGCUUCAAAUAUAGUUUGUUCUCUGCCAUCUAUAUCCAAUGAAAUCUUGAAAGAAGCACAAACUCUUGAGAAGGCAGGUAAUAGCCCAUCUAUUGUAAGUGCGGUUGACAUUCAUGCAGAUAGUAUGGAUAACAAGGGUGCUACUCCUCAUUCUGCUGUCGAAAGUGCUAGUUUAAAUGAAAAUGAAGUGGAUCGAACUCAUGCAUAUGCCACCAAGGCUGCUAAUGAACAUCUAGUGCAAAGUGAGAAUCUAGCACCACUGAAGGCCAGUGAAAUGGUUGAUGAAGGUUUGAAUAAGAUUCUACCUGAGGACAAGGAUGCCAAGAAAGAUAGUCAACUGGAAGUUAGUAGCCAGCCUGUCGUUUUGGAUGGCAGUUGCAGACAACCGGAACCUAGUUAUGUUUGUGUGAAAGAUGAAAGAGAAGUUUGUAACAAUGCAGUAGAUGCACAAAAGGAUACACAACAGCUUGCUACUUCUAAUCAGGAUAAUGGGAACAAGGAGGAAUGUUCAGAUUCCCAUAGAAACAACAUGAGUGAAUCAAGUGUUGCCGAAAAGCCAGCUUCUGUUAUUGUGCCCCGUGCCCCUGCCUCACUCACAGCCGAAAAGCCAGCUUCUGUUACUGUGCCCCCUGCCUUACUCACAGGUGAUGUGACUAACCCUAUAGAAAAUGAUGUUGAAAAAUCUAGUGGAGACCAGGAGAAGAUAUCAAAGAAGGAAUGCGAAGAUUCUAUUGUUGCAAAGAAGGAUCAUGAAGAUGCUAUCCUCAGAAGGGCGCGGUAUAUCGAGGCAAACAUUAAGAGGGCUGGUGAACGGUCUCUCUGCAAUGUUUCUUUGGAGAAGAAGCGAAAGAGUCACUGGGAUUUUGUUCUAGAGGAGAUGGUCUGGAUGGCAAAUGACUUCAUGCAGGAGCGCCUGUGGAAAAGUGCAGCCGCAGCACAGAUGUCCCACUGGAUUUCUUCUAGUGGCCGAGCAGUAUUUGAAGAAGCAAGCAUUCAGAGAAAGCAGAAAUCUGUUGCCAGAAUUCUGGCCAAUGGUAUUAUGGAUUUUUGGCAUUCAGUCGAUACUUCACGAGCAAGUGGGGGUAUGUCUAAACCAAUGCAAAUAGAGCAAUCAAACAAGCUAGAAGAAAAGCUGAGUGGGGUCAAAGCUGGAAAACAAGAGGAUGAAGAAAAUUUGGAGCAAGAUAAGUCUAGGAAGUCUCAUCAGUCUCCUAUUCACAUCUAUGCACUUCGACUUCUUGAGGACAACAGUAAUGCAUCCAAAUGUCUGUCGUUAGCUGAGGCACCACCAACUCCUGACAGGCUAAAUGAUUUUGGCAUUUUGAAAGUACCAGAUCAACUUUCAGAAGCAAAUCUCUUUUACGGUGUAGCACCUGGUGCAAUGCAGGCAUACAGGGAGUCUAUGGAGCGUCUCUUUGUUUAUAACAAGCAAAUGGGUAACACUGUACUCAAGGAUGAUUAUGAGCCAUCAACAUAUGCCUCUGUUUCAGAUGUACCUGUGGAAAAUGUAUAUGGAGACGAUGAAGGCGAUGCACGCACCUAUUUACUGCCUGGAGCUUAUGAUGGUGGUUUGGCAUCAAAAUCAAGUCACAAAAAGAAACACCCUGUGACGCAGAGGAUGAAUGGCACAAGGCCAUAUGAAAUUGGUUCUGACAUGCCUUAUGAACCAUUCUUGGAAAGCAAACCAGGAAACCAACAAUUUGUAUCAAAUGGCAAACGAACAACAGACUUCCUUUCCAUUCCUAUAAAACGCAUUCGCACAGCAGCAGCUAGACAGCGGGUUGCGAGUCCAUUUCCUGCUGGAGUUUCUGGGACCCCUCAAUUCACAAGUAAAACGGACGCUUCAAGUGGAGACACAAACUCCUGUCAAGAUGAUCAAAGUUCAUUACAUGGAGGAUCAUUUUCCCGGAAGAAUGCAGAUAUAGAGUCCACAGUUGAUUUUGACAGACAAUUGUUGUAUGAUGCUAGCGAGGUGUCUACAAAGUCUAAAAAGAAGAAAAAGCCUAAGCACCCAGGACACAAGGCACCACUAAGUGUGGCUGAGUCUUGUUCCUUGAUGGCAUCUGGAAAGGGCACAUAUGAUCCUAGACCUCAGGUCGAUUUGGUUACUCAAUAUGAGCAGAAGGAUUAUGUGAAAAAGAGACCGGAGAUUCAUCAAUUCGAUUCAAAUGGGAAUUUUGUGGUUAACGGUCAACAUGCUUCUAAGAAGCCUAAACUGAUGAAUCAAGCGCCGGAUAUUUCACUGGAAGCUCUUGCACCAGUUGGUCCAAUAGCAUCUCCUGCUGCAUCACAAAUGAGCAACAUGGCAAACCCUAAGAUAAAGAUUAGCACUCGUGGAAGAAAAAGUAAAGGACCCAAGAUGGCAGUUGGUCAUUCUGGUCCUGGAAGUCCAUGGUCAAGUUUUGAGGACCAGGCUCUUGUUGUCCUUGUACAUGAUAUGGGUGAAAACUGGGAAUUGGUGAGUGAUGCCCUUAAUAGCAUCAUCCAAUUGAAGUGUAUAUAUAGAAGGCCUAAUGAGUGUAAGGAACGCCAUAAACUUUUGACGGAUAAAAGUUCUGGUGAUGGUGCUGACAGUGCUGAUGACUCAGGCUCAUCUCAACACUAUCCAUCUGCAUUGCCUGGCAUUCCAAAGGGUAGCGCCAGGCAGCUGUUUCAGCGCCUUCAAGGACCGUUCGAGGAAGAGACUCUCAAGGCACACUUUGAGAAAAUAAUAUUUUUUGGACAAAAAUUGCAUCAAACUCGUAGAAAGGGUGAGAUCCAGGAGCUGAGGCAAAUAAAUCCACUUCAUACUUCUCAUGUUUUUGCACUUUCUCAAGCAUGUCCAGGCAACUUAUCUGGUGUAGUUUUAACGCCACUUGAUCUUUGUGAUGGACCUUCAAACUCGGAUACACUUUCUGUUGGUUACCAAGGAUCUCACACAAGUGGUUUAGCUCUUCAAAACAAUCAUGGUUCUAUUGGUCCUACUCUUCCUACCUCCAAUGUGAAUUCCAGAUUACCAGGUUCUCCUGGUAUGGUUAUAGGAAGCAAUUCGCCAUUGCCUUUGAAUGCUCCCUCCAGGGAUGCUCAGAGGUAUGGUGUGCCUAGACCAACCUUGUUACAGGGUGAUGAGCAAUCAAGAAUUCAUUAUAGCCAGAUGGUCAAUGGAAGAAAUCUUCAGCAACCUGGAGUUCCUGGUGUGUUGCCAUCUGGAGUUGAUCGGGGUGCCCGAAUGAUGCCACCAGCUCAUGGUGCCGGAAUUAUGACCGGACUAAAUCGAGGUACACCAACUAGGCCGGGUUUUCCAAGGGUUGGUUCCCCUGGAAUGGCAAAUGUAGUUCCACAUGGAAACAUGUCACCCAACAAUGGGCAAGGAUUACAAAAUACAGUGAAUGUUCAUCCUGGUGCCAUACCUGGUCCUGGAAAUACGAUGUUGAGGCCUCGUGAUCCAAUGCAGAUGCUUCGGCCUGUCCAGAAUUCGGAAGAGCAUAGACAGAUGAUGAUGCCGGAGUUUCAGUUACAAGUCUCACAGGGAAAUAACCAGGUUGUCCAUUUCAGCGGCCCACCAUUUUCCAAUGCUGGAGGAUCCUCACCUGUUCAAUCUUUCCCUGUUCAGCAAUCCCAACCACAUCAGAUGCCGCAACAGUCACACAUGUACGGAAAUACACACCUUUCUCAUACCCAAGGAACAAACCAGUCAAACCCACAGCAGCAGCAGGCUUAUGCUAUGCGCUUUAAAGAGAGACAUAUUCAACAAAUGAUGCCCCAGCAACAGCGCCCACUACCUGGAACCAGUACAGUGCCAACUGUGCAGAAUGGCUCACAAAUGCAACAGCAGAGUCAAGGAUGUGCGGCUGGUGUAAUCCCAGCUUCACAGCCACAGCAUAAGCAGCAACAUCCUGCACAAAAUCCAUUAGGUAACCCAAUGCUUCCCCAUCAGCCUUCUGCCAAUACAUCACAUAAACAGAAGAAGCAACAGGGCCAGCAGCAACCUAGACAAAAUCAACAGCAACGAAAUCAAGGUAGUCAGCAAGCUAAGCUUAUGAAGAGCUUAGGCCGAGGGAACAUGAUGCACCAGAAUCCUGUGGAUGCUAGUCAAGCCAGUGGCAUUUCUGCAAACUGUAAAAACCAAAUUCCUGAUAAGAAUGUGAUGCAACAGGGUCCAGGGCAUCUUGUUGGCAGUAAAGGAUCAAUUCCAUCAAUACCUCAACCCGGGAGUCAACCAAAGAUAUAUACUUCUCAGAUGCCUCUGUCACCGAUGCAGACUCCAGAUGUUAGUAAUCAGGGUGCAGUUAAGGGUUCUUCCAACCAUACCUUGUUAACUUCCCAACAAGGUCAACUUCAUUCACCAUCACAGCUGGCUACACAGCAGCAGCAGCAGCUACGGUACAUGAAUCCAUCACAGAAUAAUAUCCAAAGAUUGAUGAUGCAACAAAAUCGCCAUAUGAACACAGAUGGCAGGACUGAAUUACCGGUUGACCAAGUACAACAUAACCAGGUCAUAUCAUCUGCAUCACUUGCUAGAAGUACAGAUUCAGGUAGCCCAGGCAUCUCAUCUAUGAGCCAGCGGAAACAAGAGUCAUCCCAUGAUCCAAGUGCAGUUACCUCGACCCCGCAGCUAGCUAGCUCACCUCAAGACACCUUUGUUGGAAGUGAUAAGCUGUUGCCAUCAUCUAGCCAAAGCAUGCUGCAAAGGCAAAUGUCUGGUGGCAUGCCUAUUCAUGGACAUGCCAUUGGUGGCCAGCUGCAGCAACAGCAGUCUCGGCAGCAACUGCAGUCUCAGCACCUGCAGCAGCAGCAGCAGCAGCAUCAGAGGCCUGUUGUUCAAGGCAGUGUAUAUGCCCAUCCUUCAAAUUCCGGGCCAGGAUGAUGAUGGGCUAUGCUGGGCUGAUAUUUAUGCAGAGCAUCCUUUGUAAAGUUACUGUACAGGCGUCCGUGCUGUGGAAGAUGUGCGGAUGAUAGCGCUCUUUAUUCCCCAACUUUGAGCUAAUUGUAGCCACCUCAGUGUCAGGUAGAUAAUUAUUUUCCGUACCAUUUUGGUGCCACACUGCUACCUUCAAAGUAGUUUGACCCUAGAUUGCUGGAGGUGGUUCUUGUGAGGGCAAAUUCCUUUUGUUGUCAAAUUGUAACCCGACACUGGGCCCAGUUGUAUAUUUUUGCCUUUGAGGUCCAUGCUGUUAGAGACAGUCUCUUUUGUAUAAGCCUGUAUAUUCAGCUCACAAGUCAAUGAAUGCAAAAGCCUUUCUUUGCGUCAAAGCA